GGUAAUCGCGAACCGUUUCUGAUCGGCGUCGCCGGUGGGACGGCGAGUGGGAAGACGACGGUGUGUGAUCUCAUCAUGCAAAACUUGCAAGAGCAACGCGUGGUGUUGAUAGCGCAGGAUUCGUUUUAUCGCCCGCUCACGGCGUACGAGCACGAAAAUGUGGGGGCGUAUAAUUUCGAUCACCCAGAUGCGAUCGACACGAAGUACUUGGUGGAAGUGCUGCAAAAGUUGAUGCUUCGACAGUCGGUGGACAUUCCGGUGUACGACUUCGUGACGCACUCGCGAAGCGACGAAAAGAUUCACAUCGAGAGCGGCGAUGUGAUCAUCAUCGAGGGCAUUCUAGUGUUGGCGAUGGAAGAGAUUCGAGCGAUGUGCCACAUGAAAGUGUUCGUGGACACGGACGAUGAUUUGAGAUUGGCGAGGCGGUUGAAGCGAGACACCGUGGAUAGAGGACGAAGCGUCGAUGGCGUCAUCACACAAUACACGACGUUCGUGAAGCCGAUGUUCGACACCUUUGUGUCGCCGAGCAAGAAAUAUGCCGAUGUCAUCAUUCCGUGGGCGCAAGGAGAGAACACGGUGGCCAUCGAUCUCAUCGUCCAGCACAUUCGAACAAAGCUCGGCCAAAAUGAUUUGCGGCGCAUUUAUCGCAACUUGGUGGUUUUGCCGCCGCAGUUCCAAAUCAGAGGCAUGCACACCAUCAUACGCGAUCGCCGGGUAAAUAGAAGCGAUUUCGUCUUUUACAGCGACCGCAUCAUUCGUCUCGUCGUCGAACAUGGGUUGGGACACUUGCCGUUUAGCGAGCAAGUCGUCCUCACGCCGACGGGCGACCAGUACAAGGGCGUCACGUUUUGCAGCAAGCUUUGCGGGGUUUCCAUCAUUCGAUCGGGAGAGGCUAUGGAGAAUGCUUUGCGCGCGUGUUGCAAAGGGAUCAAAAUUGGGAAAUUGCUCAUCGAGCGUCGCGACAAGGAUGGGAUGAUAGCGCGCCAAGCGAGCGCCUCGGGUGACUUGUCUUCUCCGGUGAUGUACAACUCGCGAAUCCAUUACGAAAAACUUCCGCACGACAUCGCCGAUCGCUAUGUGCUGUUGCUGGACCCUAUUUUAGCCACGGGCGUGAGCGCACAAUCGGCGAUCGAUUUGCUCCUCGAGCGCGGCGUGCAAGAGGAGAAAAUUCUCUUCCUCACCGUCAUCGCGUCCACUCAAGGCGUGCACCACCUGUGCACGAGAUACCCGCGCAUGAAGGUCAUCACGUCAGAGGUCGAUGCAGGAUUGAGCGAUGAUAACAAGGUUCUUCCUGGCGUCGGUGAGUUCGGCGACAGGUACUUUGGCACCGAAAUGCCGAGCAUCGUGCAGCUCCAACCGCCCUCCGACUCUCGCAUGUU